UUGUAAAAUGCACUUCGCCUUUCUAUAUCAAAUAACUGUAAUCGUAUUCAUUUUUAAAUUGAACGAAAUCAAUUCCGUUGGCCAAUUCUAUACAACAAUUGAAAAUAAACAAUAUUAUGUGGACAAAGAUAAAUAUUAUACGUUGGAUAAUAGUAUAGUAGAAUGUCUAAAACUGAACAUGUCAUUGCUCACAAUUGAUACCAUAAAGGAGGAGGAGGCAAUAAAUAAACUGUUAGAAAAUAAAAAUAAUUUCCCGGAUGUACCUCAAUUAUGGAUUGGUGGUUUUAUAAUACCAGGAACACGUACCGCCGUUUGGAUUCAUACAGGUAGAAUAUUCGAUAGCUGGUAUCGUGGUAAUCCAGAUUAUACAUUUAACUGUAUUUUUAUUGGCUAUAAAUCGAAAACUCAAUGGACUGAUGGUACGUGUACGAACAAACGUGGAUUUAUAUGCAAACAUCCGAGCGAGAGAAAAUUACAGGAAGAGCAUGAAAAGCUAAAAGAGAAAUUUCAAAUCGAAACCGAAAAAAUCCAACAUUUACAGGAUGAACUAAAUAAAGAAAAAGAAUUAUCAGAAAAUCUUAAGCAACAUUUACCAGCUAGGCCAACGAAUGAAGAAGGCAAGCCAAUGUCAGAUUUGCCAAGCUCACAACUAGAACUUGAUCAGGCAUUACCAAGUGGUGAGCCGGAUACAUUGGAAGUGCCAAAUAAUCAACCGCAAGAAUAUCAACCACAAUAUUUAUUUUCACACGUAAACAAUGCAUUUUUUAUGCCUAACAUACAUUAAAGUUUAAUUAGUUAUAUGAAGAUUAAUACUAAUAAAUAUUUGUUCACUUAAAAGAAAUAAAUACAAUUUUUGUUUAAA